GCGUGAAUUCGGCACCGGCCUCCCGUGGGGAUGAUCAUGCUCUGUUGAGGUUGUGGGGAAGGUGGAGUGAUUCCACGGAAAGGCUUGCGUGUGGUAUUGACUGUACGAGGACAGUUAUUAGUAACAUAGGUCCUCGCUCGGUUCAGGAGCCUGAGACACAGUCCAGGUCUAGGGCCGGGGCCACCGCAGGAGGGAGGGAGCCAGGCGGCUGGCCGGUCCUCACCCAGGCCCUCCGCCCUGUGGUCUCUCUCCAGGGAGCUGCCCCUUGGAAGAUUGCCUCCCAGGCCUCCCGUGCCCUGAGCUGUGAGCAGGCUGGGAUGGUGUCCAGGGAAGCCCCGGAGCCUGCCCAGCGCCUGUGCCCUCUGCUGCCCGGCCCGCAUGCCAAGGAUGUGCUUCGGAGAAGGCACAAGCGGAAGAGCCGGCAGCACCAGCGCUUCAUGGCCCGGAAGGCCCUGCUGCAGGAGCAGGGGCUGCAGAGCCCGCCCCCAGAGCCAGAGCCAGCAUCCUCCCCACCGCCCGGGCCAUCGGGGGCACUGCCAGGCACCGAGGCCGCCAGCCGUGGGAGGCAGGGUCCCAGGGCUGACUCUGGAGGUGCCCCCUGCGACAGAAAGCCCUCCCCCAGGGAAGCGGCAGGGCCCUUGCCUAGCAGAUGCGUGGCCAUCGACUGCGAGAUGGUGGGCACGGGGCCCUGCGGGCGGGUGAGCGAGCUGGCCCGCUGCUCUGUGGUGAGUUACCAUGGCGACGUCCUCUACGACAAGUACAUCCGGCCUGAGAUGCCCAUCGUGGACUACCGCACUCGCUGGAGCGGCAUCACCCGGCAGCACAUGCGCAAGGCCAUCCCCUUCCAGGUGGCCCAGAAAGAGAUCCUCAAGCUCCUGAAGGGCAAGGUGGUGGUGGGCCAUGCCCUGCACAACGACUUCAGGGCCCUCAAAUACGUGCACCCUCGGAGCCAGACCCGGGACACCACUUACGUCCCCAACCUCCUCAGCCAGCCCGGCCUGCACACCCGGGCCCGGGUCUCGCUUAAGGAACUGGCCCUGCAGCUGCUGCACAAAAAAAUCCAGGCCAGCCGCCUCUGGACCCGGCCCGAGGACAGGCAGCCUGACAACAGUGUGGACGUGGAGGAGUACAUGCAGGACCAGUACUGGCCCGAGGACCUGGGCCCGGGCUCCAGCGGGGGGCAGGGGGCGACGCAGGACAGGAGGGCGUGAGGGGGGAGAGGCGUGGGGUGGCCUCCAGUCAGGAGUGCCCAGGCGGGCACUGGGCAUGUCACCUGGUCUGAGGAGUGGGGAUCGUCUGUCCUGACUUCCGUUCCUGACUCGCAGCCCUCUUUCCAGGCUGUAGUCACCCCUCAGCCCCUGGUUUUGCUGAUGGCACUUUAUAGACGCCAUGAAUGUCAGGUGGACCAGCUACAGCCCCGUGGGAGCAGGGUCGGUGCCAAGGGACUGUCCCUGGCUGUCACUUCCCGCCCCCGGGAGGAGUGGGGUGCAUGUCCGUGGGGCAGUGGUGAGGGAGCCCGCCCUCCUUCAGGCACUUUGGUUGGUAAUCACCGUGGUGGCUGGGUUUUCCCCAAAUUUCACCCCCCACCCGUUUCCUUGUUCACUAAGGGGCGAUUUGGGGCACUGGGGUCGCUGAAAGCUCAGGUCAUACAGACCUUUGAGCCCCUACGUUGCUUGUCCCUGUCACUUUGUAGCUUUGAGACCUUAGGCAGCUGUGUGGCUUCACUCUGGAGCCGGUCACAUGGGGACAAUGGUACGACCUACCUGAGGGUUAUGAGGACAGAAUGCCCACACGCAGCACGGUGCCCGGCACACGCAGCCCUGGUCCAUGUGAGUGGCUGUUUUCCCCGAAGGAUCAGUUUCAGCCUCUUCAGGGUGACGCCCCCAGUGGAAGGACUUUGGCCCGGCCCAGGGUUAACUGUCCUCGCUCGGCUGCUCCAGCAGGUGGGGCAGGACCCUACGUGGUGAGGGCAUCACGUGGAGGUUCAGGGUUCUCGCCGCUCUCACGGCCGGGUGACCCGAGUGUCAUCUGCGUCCCUCUGCUGUAUGCGGAGGUGAUGGUGGCUGCCCGUGUGGGUCUGAGCAGAGCCGCAGGGCCAGGAGGGAGACCCACAGCCACACUAUGUGACCUGGGCUGCAGGGCAAUCCGUCACCGUUUCCUUUCCGUCUGCAGUGCAGGGAAUGGCUGAGUCAUGGACACAACUGGCCCGGCUCCAGGGCUGUGUUCUGGAUUCCUCAAAAGUCUAGACGCACAGCUGGGCAGUAACUUCUGUUCCUCUGCCUGUGGGUGGAGGGAGAGGAAGCUGUUACUGGUGUUCUAGAAAUGGACUGGGUUCUGAGUCCGCAUGGCUGCAGCACUGCUCUGGAAUAAACCUCAAUUGGAAAAGCG